AUGUGGAAGAUCAAGAUCUGGACAAAGUUGCUGCUCGCUCUACUGGUCACCAUUGUGGCUGUUGAGGCACUUGUGGAUCGUGCCAGGGAUAACGGUGAUAUAUAUAUAGUAAGCCACUAUACGUUCGAUGGGGAUAUCGACGAUAUAUCGACCACCACACCAAAGCCCGCAGAUCCUGACUAUAUAGAUUUUGACGAGAUAACGCACAUAUGCAAUGCCAGUUUUAUAACGCCUAUAUCGAAUGUGCUUACCUUCAAUUCCACAGGCUCCCUACCCGAUGAUAAUGACACAACCAGCAUGUGCUACUUUCGUUGCUUCUUUGAAAAAUCUGGCUUGAUGGACAAUUUCAAGCUGAAUGCGGAAUUAGUGCGCAAAUAUGUGUGGCCAGCCACGGGGGAUUCCAUCGAGUAUUGCGAGUCGCAGGGCAAGGAAACGGAAACAAAUGGCUGUAUACGCGGAUUCGCCAUCGUAAAGUGUGUGAUGUUGCGAGCCCUGACGGAUGCCAGAAACAAGCCAACGGUUUAAAAAAAGAAGUUCUUUUAUAAAUUGUAUUUACUUGUUAUGGCUAGUUUAGUGCACAGUAUUUAAAAGCACCAUUUUAUAC